UGUGUCUUUAGUCUACAAAAUCUGAAACCGCAGAUAAAAUGAAAUUAUGGAAGAUCAUUACAAGAUCGUGUUUUAUACUCUGUGUACUACUCCCAACAUCAUUGUGCGUCGGAGAGCGAGCAUUUGCAGCUUGUGUGAAAUACGCCUCCUCUAUGUUAGAGUGCCACAAUAUUCUGAAUCCGUCACUUAGAGUAAGAGUACCUAUUGACUUGCUGCUCUAUCCUCAUAUGGUUUUGAUUGGGUUCAAGAGUAAUAUAUCUGACGAUCCAGUCUGGAAGUGUGGUGGCACUUUGAUAAGCGAUAAAUGGGUAGUGACCGCUGCACAUUGUAUGCAGGACCCUAUGAACGGAAAAGCCGCUGUUCUAAUGGUCGGCACAGCAACCUUUGAGUUUGAUGAAGUCGAGGAUCUGAUACAACAACGAGGUAUAGCUGAGAUAGUAAUACACCCAAAAUACAAUCCACCGCGUAAAUAUCACGACAUCGCACUAAUGAGAGCAAACCCAGCAUUUAUAUUGAAUAGAGAUAUUAGAAUUGCAUGUUUGCAUCUAGACCAUGAGCUUCCAAAGAAAAAAUUGACAGCUAUAGGUUUCGGGACGACCAGGUCUGGAGCGGCCCAAGGUAGUCAGACACUGAUGAAGGUGGACGUUGACUUAGUGGAUAGUAAAGUGUGCAAUAGAUCUAUGAAUAUACUGAUCAAAAGGGGGAUAAUAGAGCGAGGUAUAACGAGGAAUCAGCUCUGCGCGGGAGAUUACGAGAAUGGAGGGAAAGACACCUGUCAGGGGGAUUCAGGUGGGCCUCUACAGUACAUGGAGAAUAGGAUAGACUGUGUGAAGACGUUCCCACUGCAUGUCCUUGUUGGUGUGACGUCAUUCGGACGGGAUUGCGGAAGGAAAAUGGCACCGGGAGUGUAUACUCGCGUCUCUGAGUAUGUGGAGUGGAUUGAAAAUAUCGUAUGGCCUGCAAUCUUGUGACGGUCAAUAAAAGUGAGCUGGCGACUCAGUAAGUGUCAUACACGAUAUUGCUGUGAGUGAAAUGAGGUUGAUGGUGACAAAUAUAGCAAGAUAAAAUAAAGGGAUGUCAAUGCUUAAUUUAUACAUUUUAACUACACAAAAGAACCUACUUGAAAAAAAAAGGACAGAAAAAACUUCUCAAUUAAUCUAAAAAUAUAUGUAAUAAUGGUAGAUAAGUUAUAGUUAAUUAAAAUAAUAAUCUACAUUGAAUUUGUGCUGAAUUUAAUAGUAUCACACGUACAAUUAGUAAUAGUAUUGUUGGCAUCUUUAAUCAAAUCUUCAAGUACUGCGAUUGAAACCUGUCAUAAAAAUACACGACAAGUAUGGAAACAAUACAAAUGAAUUUCAAUUUCAAUUUUCAUUACUAUUUGUUAUUUAUGAAACGAAAAUGUUUUAAUGUUUAAUGUGUAUAUUACUAAAACAAUAUCCUGUAGAUGUAGAGAUUUUGGACGUUUGGUUAAAUUUUACCUAAACACGGA